AGUUGGGGACGGGGGAAAAGAGGUAGUUUCCUGCGGGCAUUGACACAGACCACAUCCUUAAAUUAGUGAUCACUUAGACAAAAAAAAUCAAAAUGUUAAUCUUAAGUGUGUUAAUCAGUUAAGUGCGUGCGAGUGUUGGAAAUUAGGGCCUCAACAAACUACAUAUCUAAAGAUGAGCCGCCACCCCUACAGCAUCACCCCCGAAGAACUAAAAACCUUAGUCAACGCAGCACGCCGCGACGCCCUCUACAUAGUCAAGCGGUACCCCCGAUUCAAGCUAGACAUGGUGAAGUACAGAUGCAACGACGACCUCCUCCACAUAGUAACUGUCGCCAAAUCAAAAAACAUUUUCAGGUACUUGUUAUCCCUCCCCAACUACCCCACCGACAACAUAAACCCCUUCGGCGAAACACCCCUAGAGCUCGCAGUCCAGUGCAGCUGCAUCAACUUCGCAAUAACCCUACUAAAAAGAGGCGCAAACGUCAACCAUAUCAACCCCAAGACGAUGGUACCCAUCCUGGAACUACCCUUCAAGCAAGUGGCCAAAACCGCGUCCCGACCAGAAAAGCGGUACAUUCAUGAAGAGCUAAUCCAUUGUUUGUUGUACUGGGGUGCAGACCCUUUGUCCCAAUACGAUCAUCCUCGGUACUUCGAAGUUGCCGUGAAGUUCGGGAGUUCGUCUCUGGCAGAAACCAUGUUUCUGUACUGCUUUGACAAACACUCGAGGUACCCCUUGAUUAGUGUGGGGACUUUGAUCCUGCUAGCGUUCAGGAAGUGUUGGUACUUCUUUGACGUCCUGGAGGCUUGUGACGAGGUGGUUUUUGCCCAAGGCGACGAUCGGUACAUCAAGAAGUUGUUUAUGAUGCAGCCGAAUUACUUAGAUGCUUUGGCGACGAAAUGUAGUACCAUUUUAGAACAACUCCUGCUUUGUUUCCACUCCACGUCUUUCACUCUUCAUACUGUCACCUACACGUUCCUGGACGACUCUCUAGCGAAGUGUUCGCUAGAGGAGUUGGACGUUUUGUUCCAAAGCAAACUAAGUCCGUGUUUUAUCGACUGUGUUAAGACCUCCUCGAGUACUUAUUUGUUCAAAGAACUAUCUGAACAAUUGAGACUGUCCACAGUUACCCAGUUUUUGUGUUUUCUGAUGUCCUACGGAAUGGACGUUGACGAACAGUGCUUGCACACCGUAUACGGUAGACAAGGCUGUUGCGAACUCUUUUCCAUAAUGACCAAUAUGGAUGUGAUAAAAUCGGCGAGGAUCGCCCAUAGAGAAUUAGUUCCUUCAUUGAUCUGUGAUAUGACUUUAGAUUUAGAUAGGUUAGUUGAGAACUUCUCGAGGUACACGAUUUGGCCGAGAGGAGUGGUUGAUCUCCUUUCGUUUUCGGCUCUCCCGAAGUUAAAAGUUCGCUGUUUAGCGAUAGAACGGGACGACGAAAUUGAGGAUAAACUUGCAACUUUACCUGAUGUGCCUUCGUUGCAAGAGUUAGCGAGAAAUGAAAUGAGGAGAUUUUUGAUUGAAAAACACAAUAUUAGGACGAUUAGGGAGUACACGAUGUGCGUUAGGAGUCUUCCGGUGUAUACCAUGUGCGAGGAAAUUUUGAGGUUUAUUUAUCCUUUGUACUAAAUUUGUUUUGGUUUUUGAUUAUUUAUAUAGGUUUAGGUUUUUUGAAAUUUUAUUCAAUGUGAG